AUGAAGCGCCGCCGCCUCCCGUCCGUUCUCUUCCUCCUCGCGCUCGCGCUCCUGUCCCUCGCCUUCCGCCGCUACCUCUCCCUCCCCCUCCCCAUAGGCGCGUCCCGGUUCGCCGGGGGCAGCGACGCCCUGCUCCGGCGCCUCGCGGCCAUCGACGUCGGCGGGGACCAGAUCCUAGCCGAGGCGGCGGCGCUGCUCGCCAACGCGUCGGUGUCCACCUUCCCCAGCCUCGGCAACCACCACCGGCUCCUCUACUUGCGCGUCCCCUACCGCAGCAACGCCACCUCGGCGCCGCGGCAGCGGACCGUGUCCCGGCUCCGCGUCCCGUUCCACGGUGUCCCCAGCGACGCCACCCUCCUCGCCGCCUUCCGCGCCUCCCUCCGCGGCUUCCUCCUCGCGCGCCAACACCACCGACACCUCCACGACGUCGCGGGCGCCAUCGCCAACCUCCCCGCGCUCCUCCUCGGCCGGGGGGGCCGCCGGCGCGCCGCGACGUGCGCCGUGGUUGGGAACAGCGGGAUCCUCCUGGGGUCCCGCCGGGGUGCGCAGAUCGACGCGCACGACCUCGCCAUCCGCCUCAAUAACGCCCGCGUCGCGGGCUUCGCGCGCGACGUCGGCGCCCGGACCGGCGUCUCCUUCGUCAACUCCAACAUCCUCCACCACUGCGCUAUCCACUCCGCCGUCACCACGCCCGGAUGCGGCUGCCACCCCUACGGCCGCGCGGUCCCGCUCGCCAUGUACGUCUGCCAGCCCGCGCACCUCCUCGACGCGCUCAUCUGCAACGCCACGGCCACGCCCGAGUCCCCGUUCCCGCUGCUCGUCACCGACGCGCGCCUCGACGCGCUGUGCGCGCGCAUCGCAAAGUACUAUUCCAUGCGCCGCUUCGUGGCCGCCACGGGGCAGCCGCCCAGCAACUGGACCCGGAGCCACGACGAGAGGUACUUCCACUACUCGUCGGGCCUGCAGGCCGUGGUUAUGGCGCUCGAGGCGUGCGAGGAGGUGAGCUUGUUCGGGUUCGGCAAGGCGCCCGGGGCCAAGCACCAUUACCACACCAACCAGAAGAAGGAGCUCGACCUGCACGACUACGAGGCUGAGUACCAGUUCUACCGCGACCUCCAGGAACGGCCGGAGGCAGUGCCGUUCCUCGACGAGGUGCCGGCCUUCAAGGUGCCGCCGGUGAAGCUCUACCUGUGA